UGUAGGAAGGGGAACCACAAGAGCCCUGUCAUUGCUCUCCGGUGACAAGUGGGCCCGUUUUUACACCUUCACUCUAAAUAAGGAAACGCUCUGACAGACAUAUGACCACCCACCCAAUUUGGGAGCAGCCCGUGCGCCCCCCACCACCAUCACGUCCCAGGCCGCUGAUCACCCUGCCACCAAUGCAGGCUGUCAGUACCCCCUCAACCCACCGCUGCCCUGCUGCGUUCUCGCCACGCGCGUCCUCUCCCCGGCGAUGAGGUCAGCGUGAUGUCACAGGGAUGCGAUAUCCUUGGAAAGGUUGGAUGAGCCGGUUUCGGGUGAGAGUCUGCCCGGAGGAUUUCUCCCGCCGUGAGAGACACCGUCACGGAGGAGAGAGAGAGAUAGCACGGGAGCGUGCGUGCGUGUGUGUGUGUGUGUGUGUGUGUGUGUGUGUGUGUGUGUGUGUGUGUGUGUGUGUGUGUGUGAGAGAGAGGGGCGCGCGGAGGAGCUACAAAACAUGGUAAUCACCACCACCAACAUCACCAUCAUCACCGCCACCAUCACCUCCAGCUCCGCCGCGCGCUCUCCCGUCUCCUCUCCUCCUCUGCAGCGGGGCUCGCGCCUCAAACCCGCAGCCCUGCUCAGAAGCCCAAAAAUAACCCUCAGCCAGCAUGCCGAAGGAAGCAAAACAAGAAGAGCGGUAUUUUUAGGGUCAUUAAUUUCGACCACGUGGCCCGAAGGUAAACCGGAUGGCCGUUGCGCAAAGGUUCCUCGUCAGUAUGUCCUGCGAGGCCGGCACGCCGCACUGGACGCUGACCGCGGCGGUUCUCCUGGGCUUCCUGCUCGGGAUGGUGUCAGCGUACCCGUUACCGAGCAGCAGGACCAACGCAACUUUGCUGGAGAAACGAUGGGAGAGCCUCUUCUCCCGCUCCGUGCUGGGAAUCUCUGGGGAGAAACCGGAGCUGAACUGGGAGAGCGACUAUCUGCUGGGCAUCAAAAGAGUGCGGAGGCUCUACUGCAACGUGGGCAUCGGGUUUCACCUUCAGGUCCUCCCCGACGGCAGGAUAAAGGGUGUACAUAAUGAAAACCAGUACAGUCUGAUUGAGAUCUCCACGGUGGAGAGAGGGGUGGUGAGCCUCUAUGGAGUCAAGAGUGAGUUGUUUGUCGCAAUGAACAGCCGUGGGAGGUUAUACGGAACGACAGUCUUCCAUGACGAGUGCAAGUUCAAGGAGAGCUUGCUCCCCAACAACUACAACGCCUACGAGUCCCUGGUCUACAGAGGAUCCUACAUAGCACUGAGCAAGCAUGGCCGCGUGAAGAAGGGCAACAAAGCCACAACUGCCAUGACCGUGACGCACUUCCUACCCCGAAUUUGACGAGACAAAUGGGCAAUAACAAAACUUAUUUGCACAUGUGGAUUAUUUCCCAGGUAACACAAAUACAUAUAGGUACAAACACAAAAGACAACGAGGACUGCAAAAGCAAGAAACACAGUUAUAUCUGACAGUAUUUAUUCAAACUUUAUAUGUAUAUUUGGGUAGCUUACUUUGUUUUAGAGAUUUUAGAAAAUGCCAUUCUGUGCUGCUUUGAUGAGUUUUACCAUUUUGUGAUUUGAAGGGGGAUGAAGAAGUAUGAUUUGUCCCUUUCUGUUUAAUGGGUGCUUGCUGGAGCUGGUUGUGUACCUGCCCUGAUAGUGGACGACCAUUUGGCUACUUAGGAAAACAAAAUGGAGAUCUUGUUAUCUCACAAUAACAUAUCCUGAGAAGAAAAUGUACAAAAAAAAAGCUAAAUGUGUGCAUGAACUUUCCCCUCAGAGGAGUGUCUGUUUACCUUAAAGUGUUUUGUUGUCAUUCAGUAGGAAAUACAUUUCCCAUCUUCUAUAUUUUAUUGUCAAUAUCAGGGCAACUUGAGCACUUGGUGGAGUAUUUUUAAUUUGAUUCUUUGCUUGGUCAUGAGGUGGCUGUGCCUUUGAUUCCCUCUUAUGGCCCCCCCUUUUACCCUUGCAUGCGAGAAAUGUGGUGCUCAAGUCAGAAAUAGGAAUGAUGCACAAGUCGUUACUCCCUCAGACCCCACUGGGGACCUUAACCCAAUUCCUCGAGGGUCUGAGGUUUCUCUUUCCAUAGUUAGAUCAAUUCAGUAAUCCAGACUCUAUGCUACACAGUGGAGCCUCCAGCUAGCAGGGAAACUCGGAUUCAGCGCUCCGCUGAUCCACGUCUCAUCCCGAGGGAGCUUUGACAAUCCCAGGUUUUAUUUUCUCGUGUACCAGCUGCGUCGCAGACCAGAAUGAGUGUUUGUGUCAUGUAUGUGCGUGUUUACCUAAAGGAUGCAUGCCAAAAUGUUUUCUCUGUGUAUAUUUCAGACUUUUUGGUCGUUUUUUAAAUUUUUCCCUCAUCGGAACACCGCAGACCUGACUCAACGUUGUUCCCGCGUGAUGGAUUGAGUCACGUCCGAACAGCUGCUGGCGUCUCGCGACGAUGCACCGGACUAAAGCAGCAGCUCGACUUUCACAGCCGUUUUAAGUAGCAUUCAUGAUGAAACCAACGCGUUCAGGCAGUUCCCUGUAAAUACAACAGGCUUCUGCAGCAACGCAAAGUUGUUUAAGUGUCAAAGUUUGUCUAGAAGAUACCUGGAACUGAUCCUGCGUUUAAAUUAAAAAACUUUUUAUUAACAAGAUUAAUUAUCUGUUUUUAAGCUAUUUAUGCAUAAAUCGGACAGAUCGAUGAGCUGCAGUAGGGCUUCUCGUUUCAACCAAAGGGUAUUUAUUUAUUUAUUUAUUUAUUCAGUGUUAAUACAAAUGUUCAUUCAGGCUUUCUGAAUGCAGCAUAGGAAACUUGAACUGACGCUCUCUGAGAUGCUGUACUUUUUCCUUUGUGGAAACAAAAGGAGAUGAUGGAAAAACCCAGCAGAGGACAGAGGAUCUGUGUGAGGUUCCUUCCUUUGGUGUUGAAAUAGCGAAGCGUCAGACCUGUGGCCUCCUUGUUGGUAGAUGUCAGACCGGACGGUCACCGCAGGGCUCCAGGAAUCCUGUGCAUCUGAGCCACUUUUGGAUCGGGGUCAGGGAGGUGAGCAUUCUUUCCCCUGUGCUACUCCUAUUGGCAUUUUGUUCUGGUCCAUUGCAAUAUCGUUUUGACGCUUUGUGGAGCGUUACAACUAUUGCAUAAAAAGACGAAGCGCUGGAAUAUAACUGCAGCGAGCGUCUUGGCGUCAGCUUAGUGGAAUUGGUUUUCCAGAUAGUAGUGGUGCUGCUCUCGUAGGUUUGCUCUGUUUUACUAACUUUGAAGGAAUUCGGCGGCGUUUUGGGGGAGUUUGUUCGGGCUUUAAGCUCCAGCUUGUGUAUAUGUAGCACAGUGGUCCUCAAUCCCCAGGCUGUGGACAGGUACCAGUCCGUAGACAAAAAAAAUAAAAUAAAACACCACCUACAUUGUUUUGAUUCUGAAGGAAGUUUUAUUUUGGAAAAUUACUGGAUUCUCCCCAACACAUUUGACUCAUUCUUGUCAAGUUCCUCUGUCACAUGUCGAAAAUCCAUCUGUUACUUUCUUGAACCGCCAAACUAAAACCCCCAAACUUUCAAAGUUGACAAAAAACAAACCUAUUUGAAAAGUUUCCUUUAGCAGAAAAGAGCCAGAGACUAACUUUACAAUAAAAGAAAGCUGCAUUUAACAGACAAAGACCGCAAUAUUAACCUAGAAUACUCAGCAACCAGCUGUCUAGUGUUUUCAGGACGCUGCUAAUAAAGUUAUUUAAACUGUCGAUCUACGUUUAUCGUUAUAUUUUAGUGACUAUUUUGUUUAUUCAUCCGUUGCACCUUAAAGUCUGACGAGGGUGAAGUUGGCAUCUGAUUGUUUAGAUUCCAGUUUGACAGUAAUGGGUUAAAAUCUAUAUCACAUUUGAAUGGUUCCUACUCAAAAUCAAUUGUAUGUAUAAAGUAUAAAGCAGCGUUAUAUAUUUUUACAAGAGAUGAAGAUAAACUUUACCUUCAAAAGUUAAAGGAUAAAAGAUAGACGCCAAUUUCAGCCUCGUACAGGUCGGUCUACGAAAAUAUUGUCUGACUUGAAACCGGUCUAUGGCCUGGAGAAGUUUGGGGACCACUGGUGUAGCAGACUUCAGCAGUGACCCAAAACCCAAUCGACCGUCCUUCGCAGACCCAAACACACCCCUGACGUGUCCCGUAGCUGCCAAAGUGGAAGACUGAGUGUGAUGGCUUUACCGUGACUGGUUACCAUGGUUAUAUGUGACUGCGUGGACCCAUGCACAGGAAGGGGGGGCAAAGAAGACGACUGAAUGAGCUUUGGUUUGUAGUUUUGUAGCAACAAGAAAAAUGAUUCAGACGCUUCCAGCAAAGAGAUGCUUUUAAAAAUCAGAUGGACUGAAUACUGUGAUCCAAAAGAACCACUAGAGACUCCAGAGAUUUUUUUCAAAUGGAGGGGGUUCCACUAUUAGAAACUUCUAUUCUAUUUUUCUUGAUCAUGUCACUGAUCUUCAUUGCUGGUUUCUUGGCAUUAAGGGAGAUUAUUUGUCUUUUUCUUUGUAAGUGAAGAUGCCAUUUUCCUAACGCCCGUCUCCUUUCGACUUGGAAACGUUUUGGUGCGUUUCAGAGGACGCUGUCUGCACAGCAGGUUUGGUUAGCAAAGAGACAGUUUGACAACUGAUGACGAGCUCAGUUUGCGAAGAAGAGGAAGGAGAAAGUUGAGCUUCGUCACUGAAAACCUGCAGGAAGAAUGACUGACUUCUAUUCUACGACUUUUGCAUGAUGCUAUUGUGAAGCAUAAAAGGUUGUAAAAUAGAGCAGUGGUAGUCAAUGGUGAGAACUUUCUUUUUUUUUUAACUUCCUCAUUUCCUCAAUCUGCAUGUAGAGUUCUACGUGGACUGGUCAUGUCUUACCCCUUUGACUAAAGGACCCGCUGUCGCCAUCGUCCUGGUUUUUAAAAAAACGCGUCGGUUCACAGGAAGCUCGGGUCUUCUGGGAGAUCUGGGAUCAGACUUGUGUGUGCGCGCGCGCGAGUGUGAUUCCCUGUGUGCCGGCAGCCUUUGUGUUUCUCUCUCAGUUAUCUAUUCCUGCACUGAGGUGAGAGUGCUUCCUCUGAGUCCCCCCUCCUUUUUAACAUAUACCUCACCUUCUGCCUUAGUUCCGAUUAUUGAAAUGAUUGUAAAUUUGUUUGAAACAACAGACUUCUCCAAUCAUUUGUUUCUGAAAAAUAUGAUGACAAGUAAAAAAAAAAUUAUAUUACAAAUUAUUUUCCUUUUAUUUUUGUACGUAUGUGCUGUGCACAGCAGUCAACUGUAUUCCUGAGAUGACAAUAAAGGAUGUUUUGUAAAAUCUUUUGUGAUCGAAUUAUUGAAAGUUGUGUUUUUCCGUCAAAGGCAAACACACACAUGCAGACACACUCUACACAACUUUGAAAGCUGAAAAGAAAUUUGCAUCAAUUCUGACCAAAAAAA